AUGCGCGGCGGUCCCUCGGCGCAUCGCGCCCGCACUCGAAGAUACGCCUUCCUCCCACACACGAACCGGCGGGGCGUGCGACGGAUGACCGUGGCCAAGCAGCCGUACUACGACUGCGUCGAGCGCACGCUGUUGGUUGCGCUGUGCUUGCCGUCUUUUGCCUUCGACGUGACGCAGGGGUGCACCGUGCCAGAGGUGGAGCUGGUGCCGCCCGACACGGGCACCGGUGCCCCGCCGUCGUCAUUCCUUGUCCACUGUGCCACUGCCCACGCGGCGUUGCGGUGCCACGCACUGCGGCUGCAGUGGAGCAGCGGGGACGAGUGCUUUAUUGAGGCAUCGUGUGACAGCACCCGCGUGUCUUUCUGGUUUGCAGCGGCACACCAGCCCGGCGAUGCCCUCUCGGCGCAGCUGCUUAACGAAUACAUGGCGUUCUUCUGCUCUCACAGCGCCGCAACGGGUGCCCUGCCGAUCCUUCGCUGCAUCCCGGUGCGAAGGACCUCUGCAGGGAAACCGGCAGCGGAUGCGGCAGGCCGAACCGCCUACGACGUGUCGUUCCUGGUGCUGGCUGAGCACGUGUGCGGGUACGGCCGGCAGCACCUGGCACGGUCGAUACUGGCGUUUGCCCAGGAGGUCGAGGCCGCCGUGGCGAGCUUGAAGGUGUCGCUGAACGCCAGGCGGCGCGCAGCUGCGCAGGCGUUUUUCGCACUGCCUGCGUAG